UUGUAUAUUAAUGACACCGUUGUUUUAGGCAAUAAUGUACUUUUCACUUGAAUAAUAUUGCGUGUUUAUUUAUGUAUAGGUAUUUAUGUAUAUAUACACAUGUAAUUUAUUUGGACACAAUGAAAAGCAUUGUCACUGGGAGACGUGAAUUUAGUUAUCGUUUUUAGGUAACUGUCAUUUUUUCACAAUAGGCCUUGUAGUGUUUUCGUGAUUUUCUUGGAAACGAAUUGAAAGGCUGGUGUGUCACAAAAAAAAAAAAAAAAAAAAAUAAUCGUUAAUUUAUUAUCUCAUCGUGUUUAAUUAAUGCGACAAGAAAAAACGUAUUAUUAAAAUUUACUCAUUUUUCAUUGUGAUAAAUCCAUAAAGGAUGGCUCAUGGAUCGCAAAAUUAUGGGUCAACUGACCAGAGAAUUGAUGUACCUGAUGUGGGUUUUAGUCCUACUGAAUUAUAUAGUUUGAGUGAUAAUAUAACUGCAAAUAUUUAUACAAUAAAUGCAAGCUUUAGAACAUUGGAAAAAGCAUAUAAAAAUAUUGGUACAAGCAAAGAUAAUCAAAGCCUCAGAGACAAAGUGCAUGUUACUCAAACAACUACAAACUCAGUGGUAACACCAACAAGCAAAGAUAUUGCAAGACUGACUGUAUUAAUGAGACGUGGUGAUAAACAACAAAAAUUACAAAUUGAAAAAUUAACAGCUGAUUUUAAAGAUGCUCUCAGUAGAUAUUCUGAUAUGCAAAAGUCUAUUGCUGAGAAAAUGAAAAGACAUAUUUUACAACAAAAUAUUACUUUGGCGGAAACUCAACAAGAUGAUGAUGAUUCUGAGCGUCAAAGUCUCAUGCAGACUCACAUGAAUGAAGAAAAACGAGCACAACAAAGAACACUGGAAUUUGAACAAGGUAUGUUACUUGAAAGAGAAGACAGAGUUAAACGUAUUGAAGGUGAUAUUCUUGAUGUCAAUCAAAUAAUGAGAGAACUUGGUGCACUUGUACAUGUUCAAAGUACAACAAUUGAUACAAUUGAAAAUAAUAUUGAAAACGUACAUGGUGAUGUUGAACUUGGUGCACAAGAACUCAUCAAAGCCAGUAAUUAUCAAACUAAAUUUCGACGAAAAAUUUGUUAUAUUUUAUUAGUUGCUGUUAUUGUUAUUUUAAUUUUGAUUAUAUCUCUAGUCACUAAAUGAAGUACUACUACUAAUCUCACUUAUUUUAUAAAUUUUUUUUUUCUUUUUUUUGCUCAGUGAUUAAUAAACAUGAGCUGUCUCGAUCAAUUUAUUCGUUUUAAAAAACACUUUUUUUCUUUUAUCAUUAAGUAUUUCUUAUUAUUUUUCUUUUUUUGUUUUCAUAUUAAUAAUUUAGAAGAAAAAUAAUUUAAAC